GUCUUCUCUGCCUCUUGAGUUACGGACCUACAGUCAGUCUCGGAAGCAAAACCCUAGAUUCUCUCUCUCUUCUCGAUCAAAGAACUGCACAAAGAAGAAGAAUAUAUAGGGUUUCUGUUUUUGGGGAGUUUCGAUGGGUCGUUCUCGCGCAGUUCUGCAUUCUACUGACGAUGAUCAAGGUUCACACAGAUCCAAGAGAAGAAAGACUGCUUCAACAGCAGACAAUUUAGAGGGUGCAACUGCAGGCCAAGGAAUGAGUGAGGGGAAGAGAGCUUCAUACCACUGUAAUUAUUGCAGCAAAGAUAUCUCUGGAAAGAUCCGUACCAAAUGUGUAGUUUGUCCCGAUUUUGACCUUUGCAUUGAAUGCUUUUCCAUUGGAGCUGAGGUUACACCUCACGUAUGCUUUCAUCCAUAUCGGGUCAUGGACAAUUUAUCGUUCCCACUCAUUUGUCCUGAUUGGAAUGCAGAUGAAGAGAUGUUACUUCUGGAGGGAAUUGAAAUGUACGGACUGGGGAACUGGAGUGAAGUUUCAGAACAUGUUGGAACCAAAAGAAAAUCAGAAUGUAUCGAUCACUAUGUUGCUACAUACAUGAAUUCCCCAUGCUUUCCUCUUCCUGACAUGUCCCAUGUUCUUGGAAAGACUAGAGCUGAGCUCCUUGCCAUGGCCAGGGGAGAAGAUGAAGUCAAGAAAGGAUCUCCUACACAUGGGGAGUUAACUCUGAAAGUGGAAUCUCCCUUAUCUGCAAGAGUCAAGGUUGAAGAAUCAAGAAAAGAAGAGAUCCAAUCCGACAUGGUUUCUAGCAGCACUAAAACAUCUGCAGGUGCAGUUAAGAGGGCAUCUAACAUGGCCCAGGUUAAGGAUGGUCGUGAUAACAUUAAAGUGGAAGAAACUCAAACAGACAGAAGUGUUGGAGAGAAAAAGCCUAGGACCUCAGGGGAUGAGGGGCCUUCUGUGACAGAGCUGAGUGGAUACAAUUUCAAGAGGCAAGAGUUUGAUGUUGAGUAUGAUAAUGAUGCUGAGCAGUUACUGGCUGAUAUGGAAUUCAAGGAUACUGACACUGAUGCUGAGCAUGAACUGAAACUGCAAGUUCUGCAUAUUUAUUCCAAAAGGCUUGAUGAGAGGAAACGCAGGAAGGAUUUCAUAUUGGAAAGAAAUCUACUUUACCCUGACCCUUUUGAGAAGAACCUCUCACCCGAAGAGAGGGACGUAAAUCAGCGCUUCAAGGUCUUUAUGCGGUUCCACUCAAAAGAAGAACAUGAGGAACUGCUUAGGGUUGUGCUCGAGGAACAUUGGAUUCAGAAAAGAAUACAAGAUCUUCAGGAGGCCCGAGCUGCUGGCUGCCGUACAUCUGUUGAGGCAGAGAGAUAUCUUGAAGAGAAAGGGAAGAAAGAAGCUGAAGAAAGUGCCCAACGAGCAAAGGAAAGUGCUGAGGCUGGUCCUAGUGGGGGCAAAGUCUUACAGAGGGUGAACACUGCCAAAGGAGAAUCUGAUGGCAGUCCUCGGGGAGGUGGAAGAGAUUCUGCAGGUCUAGAGCCUGGAAUCAAGGACUCUUCUUCAACAACUGCAGGACAUGCUAUCUUAAGAUCCCUAGAUGUUUGGGAUAUCACUGGAUUUCCGGGGGAAGAUUUACUCUCAGAAACUGAGAAACAGCUUUGCAGUGAGAUCAGAAUCCUCCCUUCACAUUAUCUCAACAUGCUGCACACCAUGUUGACAGAGACGUUAAAUGGAAACAUCACCAGGAAAUCAGAUGCCCAUGGCCUGUUCAAGGUUGAACCAAGCAAAGUAGACAAAGUGUACGAUAUGUUUGUGAAGAAGGGAAUUGUUAAGUCAUAGUUACAUUAUCCAUCCUCAGUUCUUCAACCCAUUGAAAGGAGAUGGGGUGAGAUAUUACCUCAUGCAAGGAACAUUCAAAGAGGGAUGUCAUAGUUUUUAGAAUUAUUUAAGGGUGAAACAGAAUGAAUGUAGAGCAAAGAAUGACAAUGUAAUACUGCUUGUUUAUUUUUGAGAAAGGGUAAUAAUUGUCCGUAUAAUUCACGCAGCUCAAUAAUUCUGAUGGAAGCACUUGGCCCCUAACAGAGGGGCUAGGAUUUGUCGUUCAAAGUGUAGUCUCAUCGUUGUAGGACCAUGGGCAUGGUGUAAUAGUGUAAAAGAAUGUUGUGGGUCUUCAAUGGGUUUUUUUUAGCCAAAGCACCUAAUGGCCAAGGACCCAAAUAUGUGAAGUUGCGGUACAAGACUACAAGUUUGGAGAUUGUAUUAUAAGGUUACAAGAUUGGAGUGGCAUGAUUUGGUAGGUUGAGUGAAACCAUUUGUAUACACGAUUUCUCAUUCUAAGAUUUGUUUGGAUUAGCUUCUAAGAA